AUGCGCAGCUACGCCAACAAGAAGAACAUGGACUCGACGGCAGGACAGGCCAGCCCAGGCACAGCAUCCAACGUCGGCAACCCCAUCAGCUCCAGCCCCGAGUCCAACAGCGUCAACCAGUCGCGAGCCACCGAUGCCCGUACCGGAUCGCCCGACACAGCCAGUGUGCAGACACCCGUCAGUGACCCAAAGGGGUCAGCUACUCAAGGAAGAGGAGGUGACAGCAGCAUGCAGGAGGCUUUUAAGCAGGACCCCAAUGCUCCUGCCAGCGAGAAGAGGAAGAAUGUCGAGGAGAUGGGUCAGAAACCGCUUGACCCUGCUGACAAGUAG